AUGAGAGGGGCAGAUGCGGGGAAAAGGCAGCCCGCUUUGCCGCCAGCCCCCGCCCUUGACCGUGAGCUUUGCGUCGGCAGCCGCCGCGGCGCCCACCCUGGGCGCAGACCGGUCCAGCGGACUUUCUCCAGCCGGGGUGCGAGCCACUUUCUCCAACCGCCGCGUACGCCCGCCUAUACGGCCUGGGAGGCGGAGAAAGCAGAGGCGCCAAGUGCGGCGGGUGUCGUGGGCGCUGCGGGAGCAGCCAGCGGCCGUAACUCUAGCAGCCCGACACAGGAGGGCCCUGGGCGGCUCCCAGUUGUUCUCGUGGCACUACUGCUGCAGGUAGCGCUGACGAGGGCUCGAGCCAUCGGCGGAUCAGCCAAUACGUCCUCUGUUGCUAUCCAGAGGAGAGGCGACUACGAUGGUGGAGGGUCUUUCGGGGGCAGCGGUUUUGGAGGAGGCGGAGGAGGCUACGGAGGUGGAGGCGGCGGCGGCGGCUUCGGCGGUCAUUCUGGAGGAGGUGCUGACUUAAGUGGGUCUUAUGGGGCACCAGCCGUUGGCGAUGUUGGAGGAUACGGGGGCGGUGACGUAGGAGGAGGCCAAGCAGGCUACGGUGGCGGCGGAGGCUUCGGAGGUAGUGCAGGAGGAGCAGACCUCGGAGGCGGACAUGGAGACUUCGGCGGUGGUGGCGGCUACGGAGGUGGAGGAGCUGGCUAUGGAGGCGGCCUUGGCGACUUCGGCGGCGGUGGAGAUGGAGGAGGCGGCUAUGGAGGCGGCCACGGAGAUUUAGGUGGUGGUGGAGGAGGUGGUUAUGGAGGUGGCCAUGGUGGAGGCGGUGGGUUCGGUGGAGGCGGUGACGGCGGAGCAGGCUUUGGAGGAGACCAUGGAGGCUACAGCGGUGGCGGUGGAUUCGGAGGUGGUGACCUUGGUGGAGGUGGAGGAUAUGGCGGUGGAGAUGUAGGAGGUGGUGGCGAUCACCACGGACCAUCUGCUGGGGGUGGCAUCGGUGGAGGUGCAGCGAUAGGAGGAGGGUAUUCGGCAGGAGGUGCGGAACAUGUUCAUGAGAAGCCUACACCUCAUGGUUACUGGAAGAAGAAGCUUAUCUGGAAACCAGACUGGCAGAAAGUGUGGAAGACGGGUAAGAAACAGAUAUGGAAACCUGCCUGGAAGAAGUACUGGAAACCUGUGUGGAAGGAAAUUCAAGUACCUGCCUGGAAGGAGAUCAAGGUCCCAGACUGGAAGAAGGUAUGGAAACCAGUCUGGGUCCCCACACAGGUGCCAGCAUGGAAGGAGAUCAAAGUUCCAGCUUGGAAGAAAGUAUGGAAGCCAAUUUGGGUACCAACACAGGUGCCAGGAUGGAAAGAUAUUCAAGUUCCUGACUGGAAGAAAGUUUGGAAACCAGUGUGGAAGCCGAUACAGAUACCUGCCUGGAAACACAUAAAAGUAGAGGCCUGGAAGAAAGUAUGGAUCCCUAAGUUGAUUAAGGUGUAUGUUCCAGGAGAGAAAUCUCAUGGAACAGAUGAACAUGGCUGGGAAUAUACAUCCCAUGGACUAUGGAAGAAGAAGCUCAUAUGGAAGCCAAUCUGGGUGAAAUACUGGAAACCGGGGAAAAAGCAAGUCUGGCUUCCUUCCAAAAAGCUGGUCUGGAAAGAGGAGUGGAAACAAAUUUGGAGAACAGAGAAGAAACAGAUCUGGGUGCCGUCAAAGAAGUUGGUCUGGAAGCCCGAAUGGAUAAAGAUAUGGAAACCUGGUAAGAAACAGAUAUGGGUGCCAUCAAAGAAACUCGUUUGGAAGGAGGAAUGGAAACAAAUAUGGCGGCCAGACAAGAAGCAGAUCUGGGUCCCGUCGAAGAAGCUCGAAUGGAAGGAGGCGUGGAAGAAGAUCUGGGUCCCAGCGUGGAAGAAAAUCUGGGUGCCUGCGUGGAAAAAAGUAUGGAAGCCUGUAUGGAUCCAUGAGUGGAUUGUACUGCCAGAGCCUCAUCCGCCUCAUCAUGAGGACUGGGAUAGAAAGGACAAGGCAGUGACGGGCUCGCCACAGCAGCAGCCACAGCAAGUGAAACAGCAGGCUCCUCAGCUGACGCAGCGAAAACAGGAAACCAGAUCCGGGGGCUUCCAAUUCCCUAGGGCGUGA